AAAUUUUCUCAUUUAUUGGAUCGGUUAGUUGGCUUGGUGGUAAUCCUUUUAUAAAAAAUUGUUCUGAUCUUCUAAUUUAUGUAGCUUCAUUGGAUGAAGAGACUCUUGAGUUUUCGGUCGAUUCCGAGCGGUCUAAAAACUUUUGCUUAUUUUUGUUUGAAAAAAUCUUCAUUUUCAACUUCUUCUUCUGCUGUUGUUUUACUCAGUGGUGGAGCUGACAGUGCGACUACUUUGGCAGUUGCUGUUCGUGACGGUUUUGAAGUGCAUGCAUUAUCGUUUGAUUAUGGUCAGCGGCAUCGUCACGAGUUAGUAUGUGCUAGUCGAGUAGCUGAACGUUUUGGUUGUCGAGAACAUCGUAUAGCACAAGUAGAUCUUCGCGUAUUUGGUGGUUCAGCGUUGACCAGUAGCGAUUGUGAUGUUCCGAAGGAUCGUCAAGAUCGUUCUUCGUCUAUUCCAGUUACGUACGUACCUGCGAGAAACACGCUGUUUUUAAGUUAUGCACUUGCGUAUGCUGAGGUGAUUGGUGCUACGGAUAUUUUUAUUGGUGCGAAUGCAGUGGAUUACAGUGGUUAUCCUGAUUGCCGACCUGCUUAUUUCCGUGUAUUUGAGCGAUUGGCGUCGUUAGGCACGAAAGCAGGGGUGGAGCAAGGAGUGGAGUACAAAAUUCACGCGCCAUUGUUGCACCUUUCAAAAACGGAGAUCAUCCAACUGGGGAUUCGUCUAGGUGUUGACUUUGGGAUGACCCAUUCUUGUUAUGAUCCUCAAGAGAGUGGUCGACCGUGUGGGCAUUGUGAUGCUUGUUGCAUUCGACAAGAAGCGUUUCACAAGUUGGGGUUUGCACGUGACCCAGCGUUGGAACGAUUUCAAUAGCAAUCAUUUUAUUUCCUGAAAAAUGAGGUAUGUAUAUCAUCUCCGCGUGAGAAGACAAACAACAUGAAGCGUCAAUCUCGUGAUCGUCGUUUCUUCCCAUCGACUUGAACACUAACAUAUUCUUUCAUGCAAUCCAAAUAAAAUCGAAGAUUGGCAUCCGACCAAGGUGGUCGUGCAUAGCCUACACCAAUCCGAGGUGUUGCAACGAUAUCUUGAACACAGUUCCAGUUAUCAUCGUCAACAUAUAGCAUACUCUCGUUACAAACAACACUUGUUUGGUUGAGUCGCUUAUCCAACGCCAUCGCUUGACACAACUUCGCAGGACCUAGAAAAUCAGCAUC